AUGACCCUCCAGCUGGGCUCUCUGAUUGUGGAGAAGGGCAGAUUGUGGAGAAGGGCAGAUUGUGGAGAAGGUCAGAUUGUGGAGAAGGUCAGAUUGUGGAGAAGGGCAGAUUGUGGAGAAGGUCAGAUUGUGGAGAAGGUCAGAUUGUGGAGAAGGUCAGAUUGUGGAGAAGGGCAGAUUGUGGAGAAGGUCAGAUUGUGGAGAAGGGCAGAUUGUGGAGAAGGUCAGAUUGUGGAGAAGGUCAGAUUGUGGAGAAGGUCAGAUUGUGGAGAAGGGCAGAUUGUGGAGAAGGUCAGAUUGUGGAGAAGGGCAGAUUGUCUAGACUGUGCCCUGAACCUAUCCCAUAUCCCAGGUGCCCUGAACCUAUCCCAUAUCCCAGGUGCCCUGAACCUAUCCCAUAUCCCAGGUGCUCUGAACCUAUCCCAUAUCCCAGGUGCCCUGAACCUAUCCCAUAUCCCAGGUGCUCUGAACCUAUCCCAUAUCCCAGGUGCCCUGAACCUAUCCCAUAUCCCAGGUGCCCUGAACCUAUCCCAUAUCCCAGGUGCACUGAACCUAUCCCAUAUCCCAGGUGCCCUGAACCUAUCCCAUAUCCCAGGUGCCCUGAACCUAUCCCAUAUCCCAGGUGCCCUGAACCUAUCCCAUAUCCCAGGUUCCCUGAACCUAUCCCAUAUCCCAGGUGCACUGAACCUUUCCCAUAUCCCAGGUGCACUGAACCUAUCCCAUAUCCCAGAUACCCUGAACCUAUCCCAUAUCCUAGGUGCCCUGAACCUAUCCCAUAUCCCAGGUGCCCUGAACCUUUCCCAUAUCCCAGGUGCACUGAACCUAUCCCAUAUCCCAGAUACCCUGAACCUAUCCCAUAUCCCAGGUGCCCUGAACCUAUCCCAUAUCCUAGGUGCCCUGAACAUAUCCCAUAUCCCAGGUGCCCUGAACCUAUCCCAUAUCCCAGGUGCCCUGAACCUAUCCCAUAUCCCAGGUGCCCUGAACCUAUCCCAUAUCCCAGGUGCCCUGAACCUAUCCCAUAUCCCAGGUGCCCUGAACCUAUCCCAUAUCCCAGGUGCCCUGAACCUAUCCCAUAUCCCAGGUGCCCUGAACCUAUCCCAUAUCCUAGGUGCCCUGAACCUAUCCCAUAUCCUAGGUGCCCUGAACCUAUCCCAUAUCCCAGGUGCCCUGAACCUAUCCCAUAUCUCAGGUGCACUGAACCUAUCCCAUUUCCCAGGUGCCCUGAACCUAUCCCAUAUGCCAGGUGCCCUGAACCUAUCCCAUAUCCCAGGUGCCCUGAACCUAUCCCAUAUCCCAGGUGCCCUGAACCUAUCCCCUAUCCCAGGUGCCCUGAACCUAUCCCAUAUCCCAGGUGCCCUGAACCUAUCCCAUAUCCUAGGUGCCCUGAACCUAUCCCAUAUCCUAGGUGCCCUGAACCUAUCCCAUAUCCCAGGUGCCCUGAACCUAUCCCAUAUCCCAGGUGCCCUGAACCUAUCCCAUAUCCCAGGUGCCCUGAACCUAUCCCAUAUCCCAGGUGCCCUGAACCUAUCCCAUAUCCUAGGUGUCCUGAACCUAUCCCAUAUCCCAGGUGCCCUGAACCUUUCCCAUAUCCCAGGUGCCUUGAACCUAUCCCAUAUCCCAGGUGCCCUGAACCUAUCCCAUAUCCCAGGUGCCCUGAACCUAUCCCAUAUCCCAGGUGCCCUGAACCUAUCCCAUAUCCCAGGUGCCCUGAACCUAUCUCAUAUCCCAGGUGCCCUGAACCUAUCCCAUAUCCCAGGUGCCCUGAACCUAUCCCAUAUCCCAGGUGCCCUGAACCUAUCCCAUAUCCUAGGUGCCCUGAACCUAUCCCAUAUCCCAGGUGCCCUGAACCUAUCCCAUAUCCCAGGUGCCCUGAACCUAUCCCAUAUCCUAGGUGCCCUGAACCUAUCCCAUAUCCCAGGUGCCCUGAACAUAUCCCAUAUCCCAGGUGCCUUGAACCUAUCCCAUAUCCCAGGUGCCCUGAACCUAUCCCAUAUCCCAGGUGCCCUGAACCUAUCCCAUAUCCCAGGUGCCCUGAACCUAUCCCAUAUCCCAGGUGCCCUGAACCUAUCCCAUAUCCUAGGUGCCCUGAACCUAUCCCAUAUCCCAGGUGCCCUGAACCUAUCCCAUAUCCCAGGUGCCCUGAACCUAUCCCAUAUCCUAGGUGCCCUGAACCUAUCCCAUAUCCCAGGUGCCCUGAACAUAUCCCAUAUCCCAGGUGCCCUGAACCUAUCCCAUAUCCUAGGUGCCCUGAACCUAUCCCAUAUCCCAGGUGCCCUGAACCUAUCCCAUAUCCCAGGUGCCCUGAACCUAUCCCAUAUCCCAGGUGCUCUGAACCUAUCCCAUUAG